AAACGUCAGAAGAUGCCGAGCAGGACGCGUCCUCGUGAAAGAACCUCCAAAGUGAAGAACCUCCCAAGUAAACCAAAAAGAAUUGGUAAGAAAAGAACGAUGACAAAAUUAAAACAGGACAGUGCCGAGCCACCACUGCCGAACGGACUGGAAACAAUACAAUUCAAAGAUGCUGCCAAUUUCACAGAAAAUAUGUCAGAAAAGGAAAAUGUUCUGUCCGUAAAUAUGCGACAUGAAUCUACUGAUGAAAACAGCAACAACGUUACACGAUCGCGAGGGCGAUAUUUACUGAAACAGCUAUCUAGUUCUUUGAGUCCAAAAAUGACUGAAAUCAACACGGAUGCUGACCAUCGCGUUAGUCGCUAUGGACGGCAUCAGAAGCAAAAAGACAAUUCAGAUUACGUACCGGUAGAUCUAACGAAAUAUGUUGGCAAUUCGCCAUUUAAGGUUAAACAGAAGAUGGAGAACGCUGAACCUAAUGGCCCAUUGCUGAUAAAAGCAGUACAAACGCCGACGAAAGAUGAUACCCCAGUGUUGAUGGCGCCCGAGGUGCAAAAUAGAGAUACGAAAUUACUCACUAUGGAAGAAAUUAAAAUUGUUAGCACGGAUGAGAGCAGUGUAGACAUAAGCACUGACAAUAACACUUUUACCCAUAAUUUGAUUGUUCGUAAACAAUCUUCGGAUGCCGACAGUGCUAAGGGAUCGUCAAUCGAUCUAGGUAAUGGUUACUGUACGGGUACGAUUUACUGGGGCGCUCAGUCAAAGAAGACUAUCCACUGGCCCUGCAUUGUACGGGUAGAUCCAGAAUCCGAGCGAAUAACUCGAAUGCAUGGUGAAAAAAUGAUGGAAGUACAUGUGUCUUUCUUUGGUGAUAAAGGUCGCCGUGGCUGGAUUAAGGAACAUUGUUUGGUGCCAUUUGAAGGCGUGAAUAAUUAUUGCACCGAGGCAAGAAAUCUACAUUACGGAAAGCACGUGAAGCAAGCCUUAAGGACAAACAUGUCGAAGAGGUGGAAAAUUGCCUGUGAUUUAGCGGAACAAUACUUUGCAUUACCGGUUGAAGAACGCAUUAAGAAAUAUGAUGAUGAAGUGAAGUUGGAAUUGAUAAGCUUAAAAAUAUCACGAUAUCGUAUGGUAGCGCAUGCGAGCUUAAUCACUCAGCAGGCUAUUUCGCAGACGACAGAAACAGUGCAUUCAGACAACCAGACAGCGUUAUUGAACAGUCAGAUGGCAUCUAUCAAGAGAGAACGUUCUACCUCACCUGAGAGUCCUGCAUACGAAGCUUUACCGAGCCUUUCCUCUCCAGAAAAUUAUAAUCCUGUGAAGAAAAUGAAAUGCUCUACACCUUCAAAGUCAUCCAGCCACUAUAGCAGCAAAAUCGAUCGUUACUUGCAAUCAAUAGACAAUGAGGAAUUAAAUACCGGCGAAAUCUCAGAUAAUAGGCUGAUGGAAAUGACACCCCCAUUGGGUGAAUCGAACAUCGAAUAUGAAGAUGUACUGAAAUUCAUCCGGCACUAUGUGUUCGAUGGUCGCACGAAUCAAGAGAUAGAAGAAAGUCUACAGUUUCAUGUGAGGCAAAUUGUUCGAUUAAAAAAGGAAUCCCAUCGUGGCACAGAGCGCACUGCAAAUCGACAACGGAUACAAGCACUACUUAAAACUUUUGAAAAGUUAGGUCUCAAAUCGAUAUCAGCUAGCAGCAGCAAUGGUGAGAUUGCCGGAAUGAAAAAAUCAAGAAUUGACUUGCCAAGUAAAAAGGAUUCGCAUAGCUUGGAGGAAAAGUUUAUUUUUCAACUCGAUAAAAAUUACCUCAUGAAAGGCGUUCCGAAAGGAUUUGUGUGCUAUAUUUGCAACCGCCCUAACAACGUUACCAAAUGUAGCAAGUGUCUCCAGCAUGUUCAUUUACUCUGUCUGACCGAUGAUCCAAUGCAAGUGGCUGAGCUGCAAAAUCAAAUUGAUGAAAAACGGUUCAGCUGUGCCAUAUGUUGUUCUACGCCUAAAAUUGAACAGACAAAAUGUUUCAUAUGCAACGAUGGGAAUGAAGAAUCGAACAAGGAACAGAAAUUCCGUUGCACGGAUAGCAAAUGUGGGCGCGAGUAUCAUCUUUCCUGCUUGCGGUUGUUUCCGCACUAUCGUACAGUCAGUGCGAAAACAAUCAUUUGCCCUUACCAUGUUUGUCACACAUGCGUAUCGAGUGAUCCCCGUGGUAAAGCUUCAUUGGUGAAAACAGCACUGGCAAGCUGUAUCAAGUGUCCGGCUGCAUAUCAUCCGGAUGGUAGAUGCGUGCCCGCCGGAUCUGAAAUACUUACCACCAAACAGCUGGUCUGUCCUAAGCACAGUCUGGAACCGAUAGCGCUGAACGUGAACUGGUGCUUCAUGUGCUGCAAAGGAGGCGACUUAAUUUGCUGUGAAACAUGUCCGUUUGCAUGUCAUCCGAAGUGCCUUCCGUUCACGCCGCCGGACGGAAAGUAUUUCUGUGAGGAGUGUGAGUCGGGUAGACUGCCUCUGUAUAACGAGAUAGUUAUUGCUAAGCUGGGCAAUUUUCGUUGGUGGCCGGCAUUAACGGUGCCGCCUUCAGAAGUGCCCCAAAAAGUGCGGCAACUGCAACAGAAACAGUCGGAUAUUUGUGUAAAAUUUUUCAACACUCACAAUAUGGCUUGGCUUAAUCGAAAGCGAAUGUACCUGUACCAGGAUGAGGACUCGGAAAAUUUAGGUGUAGAAAGGCCUGGAUCAUCGUUGGAUAAAAAAUAUCGUUCAGCAAUGAUCGAAGCCAGUGUCAUUUUCAAAGUAUUACGAUCAACCAAACUGCCUGGUCCCUCAGCUGGCUUAAGCAAUUCUAAAAUCACUCCAAUGUACACGAAGAUAAAAAUGAACAGAUAUAUUGCCCCUUUGAAACCACCAUCUGUUCAUCGCCAGCUGGAUGGUGUUGAAGAUUCGGUGUGCCGGUGCCAACCUGACGACGAUGAUCCUUGCGGGCCUACUUCAGCGUGUUUAAACCGUGCAAUAUUUAUGGAGUGUAGUUCUAAAACAUGUCCGGCCAAAGAGCGCUGUUCAAAUCAACGAUUCACAAAGCGGAUGUAUCCCGGACUUGAAGUGCGCAAUUUUGCCAACAAAGGAUUCGGUCUAGUUGCGUUGGACAAUCUGCAAAAUGGACAAUUCGUCAUCGAAUAUGUUGGUGAAGUAAUUAAUACUGAGGAGUUCGACCGACGUGUUCAAACGAUGCAGACAGCGAAGGAAGAGAACUAUUAUUUCCUUACCGUCGAACCUGAUCUUACAAUUGAUGCCAGAGCGAAAGGAAAUGUAUCGCGUUUCAUAAAUCACUCUUGUGAACCGAAUUGCGAAACGCAAAAGUGGACGAUCGGCGAAACACGUGUCAUUGGGUUAUUCGCUAUUAAAGAUAUUAAAGCGGGUGAAGAACUGACUUUUAACUACAAUUUGGAGAGCUUGGGAAACAGCAAACGUGUAUGCUUGUGCGGUGCAGAGAGAUGUUCCGGUUAUAUUGGAGAAAAAUAUCGUCCACCAAAGAAGGAGGAAGUUGCAUUCAGGGGAAAAAUUGGAGAACGUGGUAAAGUCAGUAAGAAAAUGGCCAAGGUGCGCAAAACAAAAAAAGCACUAGUUUCUAAAACGAGCGUUAAAGAAGAUUUAACGAUUGUUAAAAUGCAGUCAUCAGAUAACGACGUGGUGCUAAUAGCUACGCCAGCAUCCACAAUAGUUGAUCUAGUUGAUGCGAGUGUCUCUAGCCCUACACUACCCGAUGAUGCAGUCGUUGUUAAGUCGGAAAGAGUGGAUGACAUUAUUUGA